AUGAAGGCAACUACAACACCCUCUGCGAUGACACAGGUGGAGAACAAGCUGCGGUCCAUCCUCAGCCUCCACGGCGAGGGAGUGCGCGUGUCACAGUUUCCGCCACUGCUCCCCACCUGGCGCCAGUUCGGCGACGCCAAGCUCAAGCUCUUCUUCAAGCGCUUCCCCAACACGGCGGCCGUGAUUCAGGCGGGAGGUGACCACUGGGUAGUGCCUGCUCGGCCACUGCUGCUGCAGACGGCUAAGUCCGGCGUGACUGCUCUGCUGAACAGGUCUCCCGCGAAGGCGCUGGACCUGGACGAGCUGGUGGCGGCCUAUGCCCAGCAUAACCACAACGCCAACUUGGACUUGCUCGCCCAGUUGGCCGGGGAGAAGUACGUGGAGGACCUGCUGGAGGGGAUCGGCUUCGCCAUCGUGCCCAACGGGGAAAGGGACACGCCAGCUACUGCGGUAGCCAAGGCCGCCGCUCCGCCGACGGCCAAAGCCAGUGCCAAUGGCUCCGUGCAGCCAAGCACAACAACUGCAGCCCCAAAGCUGGAGAGCGUAGACUCUGCGGUGGUGGUGGUUGUCGACACUGUGGAGCAGUGCCGCAAGGUGGUGGACGAGGUCCUGACCCACGACCACCCGCUCGCGCUCGAUUGCGAGGGCGUCAAUCUGGGCGACAAGGGCGGCAGUCUGUGCUUGGUGCAGAUCGCCACGAAGAGCGGCCGGUGCUUCCUGUUCGACGUCGAGCAGGCCGGCAGCCGGCUCUUCAGCGAGGGCGGUCUCCAGCGGGUGCUCGAGGACGUGCAUGUCCUCAAGGUGGGCCACGAUCUGCGAGCCGACGCCGCCGCGCUGUUCGCCCAGCACGGCGUCUUCCUCAACCACAUCUUCGAUACCCAGGUGGGCCAUUCGAUGCUGACGCUGCGCAAGGAGCCGCAAGUGGGGCUCAACGCGAUGCUGCGGCGCUACGCCAAUCGCGCCCAGAACCAGCUCAAGGAGGUGGUCAAGGCCGAGUGGACCAGGGACCCGCUCUACUGGACCCGCCGCCCACUUUCCGACCAGAUGACCCGCUACGCGCACCUCGACGUGGCCUUCCUCCUCAAGGCCUUCGACUCCAUGGCGGCCGAGCUCGAGAGGAAGUCCAUUUUCAACAACGCCAUCACCCUCUCGCGCCAUCAGGUCGACCACCGCAGACGAUCUCCAGCUGCCGCCCCAGCCGCAACCGCGGCCGCCCAGGACAUCGACUUGCCUGACGAGGAGGAGCGAGUGAUUGCGGAGCAGUGUCCCAUCAGUCAGGGCGAAGAGGACCUGGGCCUCAUCCUCGACGCCCUGCCCGAGCACCUGCGCGACGCGCUCCUGGCCGAUGGGCGCCUGCACGGCCUCGUCGAGAUCGUGCUCGACCUCGGCCGGCCGCUCAUGGCGCGCUUCUCUGGGCCGGGCCUGCCGCGCGUGGCCGAGAUUUCCGGCCGUGGCGGCGAGGGCGAGAAUGUGAACCGGUCGGGCGACGUGGUGGGCCUCACCAUCCGUGUGGGCAAGACCCUGCGGGGCCUGGUGACCAUGGUGGCCGACGUGCUGGCCCGCGCGGCGCCGUGCAAGGCCUCGAUCCUUCUGCUGGGCGCGCCCGGCAUGGGCAAAACGUCGGUCAUCCGCGAGAUGGCGCGCGAGCUGGCGCGCGAGUGGAGCGUGAUGAUCGUCGACACGUCGAACGAGAUUGCGGGCGACGGCGACAUUCCGCAUCCGGCCAUCGGCGCGGCGCGGCGCAUGCAGGUGCCGCAGGCGUCAGAACAGCACAAGCGCAUGAUCGAGGCCGUACAGAACCACACGCCGGACGUCAUCAUCGUCGACGAGAUUGGGACGGCCGAGGAGGCGAAGGCGUGUUGCACGAUCGCGCGGCGCGGGGUGAUGCUGGUGGCGACGGCCCACGGCGUGACGUUGAGCGACGUGGUCGACAACCCGAGCCUCAACUCGGUGGUGGGCGGCGUCGAGGCCGUCAUCCUGAGCGACGCAGCGGCGCUCGCCCGCGGGUCCGCCCAGAAGACGGUGCGCGAGAGCCGGGGUCCAUCGGCCUUUGGGCUGGCGAUCGAGCUGCGGUCGCGGAGCGAGUGGGUGGUGCACGACGAUGUGCGGGCCAACGUGAACCGGCUCCUGGCCGGGAAGCCGAUGGCGGUCGAGGUGCGGCGGCGGCUGGCCGACGGGCGCGUGGUGGCCACCCGGCAGCUCGUUCCCGCCACCGCCGCCGCCGCCGCCGCAGCCGCUACGAUCACCACCGACGGGGGCGCCGAUGCAUCAUCGAUCGUCAACAACGAACCGACGGAGUGGGGCGAAGGAGAGGAGGAACAAGAUGAAGAGUACUCCAGUGACGAUGAUCGCGACGAUUAA